AUGCAUUUCACUCAGUUCAUUUCUACCUCCCUCUCUAUCUCCCUUCUCGCGGGCUCUGCCCUAGCCAUCCCCACGGGCUCCUACUCCCAUUCCAACAGCACCGACGGCAGUGGCAGCAACAUCGACAGCCUUCUCCCUCCCAUCGUUCCCGUGAACCCGCGCUCCGGCAACAAGGAGCUCAUCACCUCCCUUCUGCUCGCCCCCACCCAAGCUGACCGCGCCGCCCUCCUCACCGAACCAGGCGACUACAUCUUCGAUUUCAACGAGGGCGGCGCCCCCGAGGGCGCCGAGGCAAAAGGGCUAGGCGGCUUCUCCAUCGCCGCCCACAGCAAAACCUUCCCUGCACUUAUCGGCAACGGCGCCUCAAUGACGCUGGGCUUUCUAGGCCCCUGCGGGAUGAACACGCCGCACGUGCACAAUCGCGCUACCGAGCUCAACGUCGUGGUCAAGGGGCGGCUGGUCACAAAUUUCAUCCUUGAGAACGGAGUGUCGCCCGUCGAGAACACGCUGGACCUCUACCAGAUGGCCGUGUUUCCGCAGGGCUCAAUCCACCAAGAAUUCAACCCCGACUGCGGCGAGACGGUCUUUGUUGCUGGCUUCAACGAUGCCGACCCGGGAGUCAGCCAGGUGGCGCAGGGCCUGUUCGGCUUGAGGGGGGAUGUGGUGCAGGCGACGCUUGGUGGCAUCCAGACAUUCAACGGACAGGACAUUGAGAGCUUCCGCGAGAUGAUUCCGAAGAACGUCGCGCUCGGCAUCGAGGCUUGCUUGGCCAAGUGCGGGCUGCAAAAGAAUGAGAAGAGGGAGUUGAAGGAGUUGAUGAACUAA